GAUAGCGCUCUCAUCGCUGGCUCCAUUCUUUUCAUUCCAUUCCUGACAUUCCAACAUGCCGAGGUUGGGCAAAAUGUCAAAAAGUUUCUGUUGAAUACUCCUGAGGAAUUCUUCCACACAAUUUGGAUAGAUCAUCAGUUGUGUACUUUUUCAAAUCGGGAAAAGAAGACUUCUUAAUACACACUGCUGCAAUGGAGAGUUCCGAAUCGCCCCUGGAAGUUUUGUCCAGAGCAGCAACUAUGGUUCAAGAUAAUAUCUUGCCACCAUCAUACGAUGAAGCCCGUUCAUACUCCAAGUGCAAGGAAGUGUUGAGCCCUGUGAGUGGAGGCAAGUGGAGGAGAGAACGGAGACAGAGGGUAAUAGGAGCACCACCACCAGAGUAUCCCCACAAGACUGCCCCAGGUAUCCACAGUGAACCGAUCGACAUGUCGACACGGCGGCCUCGGGGAUCUCCCCCCUCCUACUCCCAGUCCCUGUGUUACGUGCGCCGGCCCUCAGUCAUCACUCCAGUCCAGCAACCCUCUGGAGUUGUGGAAGAAGAAGGAGUCUGCGAUCCAGUGAUAGACGAACACUUCCGUCGAUCGCUAGGCAAAGACUACAUGUCCGUUUUUGCUGAUAACGGCAGAAUAAAGAAACCAGCCACUGACAACACCGUAACCGUGGAUUCCCCGGACACUGCUUCAUCUCUGUCAGUGGACGAUCACUUCGCGAAGGCUCUGGGCGAGACUUGGCUGAAGCUGCAGAAGGGAGAGACGGCCAGACUCAGAUCCGACCCGGUGCCCACCAUCCAGAGUCUGGUGAAUUGACUUGCCACACCGGUGCAAGCAGCUUAUGCCAAAGGUUAUGCCAUCCUCCGUGGGACUAGUAGUGCAGAUUGCUUUUUAGAAAUUCUCAGAAUUCAGGUUAAAAAUUGAGUAAACGGUUCAGUAGUGGUUCAUGUAAAAUGUAAACGGUAAGCUUGAUUUUGAAACUGCCAUUGUUUUAAUGAAAAUAAUGUUUGGAACUUUUGAAAUUUCAGUGUUUGUGUUACGUGUUGAAUGUUUAUAAUAGUUAAACCGCAGAAGUUUUUUAAAGUUCUUGAGAAUUAGUUGUAACACUAUUAUACAGAUAUCAGUAUGGUUGAAAUCAGUACAAAUAACUUUAGUUAUACAAAUAUGUGUUAUAGUUACUCAAUGCCAAUACAAUUCAAUUUUAAUUUUUAACUACUAUUUUUAUCCUUCAAUUGUACAAUGUAUUCAAUUAUAAACUUGCAUGUUGGCCUAAUAAUAUUAUUUUUGAUUCUUCACAAUAUUUUUUUGAUUGAAUUGAGGUGAUUUAAAAAGACAUUAUAUUAAUGAUUCAAUAUUGUGUGUGUAAAAUUUUGUAUUCAUGAAUGAAUAUUAUCACUAUGUUAUAUUCUGUGAAUAUUAAUUAAGUGAAAAGCAUAACUUGCUUUGUUAAUAAUAUUAGUUUAUUUGAUAUUACAAUCAGUUAUCCUUCUCUUUCAGUGAUUUGUAUAUUUUCUUUGAUUUCUGUUGUACAUUUUUAGUUAUUUCUAUUAGAUUUAAACAAUCAGAAUUUCUUCAUUUUCUUCUGUCUGUUGUAUAUUUUGUUUCUUUUAUUGUUAUAUCACUUCUUGUAUAUAAUUUUGUAUGAAGUAGUGCUCAAUACUUUCAGUCAUUGUUUUUUUUGUUUUGUUAUUUAAGUUGUAAUCAUUGUUGUACAAAGGUAUGGGUUAUCGUAAUGUAAAUGUUUAAAUGUAUUCAAUUAUAAAUUAUAAUUUUAUUUAAA